AUGUUUUCGUCAUUAAACACCAGGCCUGCGGGCCAAUCUCUGUUUGGGGCCAACACAGGAGGUGGUCUGUUUGGUCAAUCGCUGGCGAAUCAGCCCCAGCAACAGCAGCAACCUCUCCAGCAGCAACAGCAACAAGCUGCGCCUGCGCUGGGCCAGUCGCAAAUAAACCAAAACCAACAACUUGGUGGUUCAUUAUGGCAACCAGGUAGCCUCACAGCCUACCAGAAGCCAAUUCCCGAGCAGAUAAAGCUGAUCGUGGACAAAUGGAACCCGAACCAUCCGAAUUGCGCCUUCAAGACCUACCUUUACAACAAGGUCGACGAGCAUACUGUCCCUCUCUACGGGCCCGGCCCGAACGAGGACCCCAAGGAAUGGGAAGAAGCUCUCCAGCGCAAGCCAGCGCCCAACUUCAUUCCCGUUCUUUGCUCGGGCUUCCCCUCGAUCGUCGCGCGUUUGAUGCUCCAGCGUCGGGUUAUCACCGAGUUCAACAAUAAGCUGCACCAGAUCAACGCAAGCCUAGACGCGAUCCUAUCGCGGCACGACCUGGACCACACGGUGCGCGCGUUCAACGCGCGCCGGCGCCACGCCGAGCUGAGUCGCCGGUGCCUGCAUCUGGCUGCGCGUGUGCAGGUUCUGCGCAACCGCGGAUACGCCCUUAGCGGGGACGAGGAUGAACUUAAGCAGAAGCUGCAGCAGAUUGAUAAGACGCUGAAUGAUCCCGCUCAGGGUUCGAGGCUGGAAGAGCUGUGGAGCAGAUUGAUCGUGCUCCGGGGGUAUGCGGAAGAUCUGAAGGAUCAGAUUAAUCAGGCGGGGAUUACGGAGAGUGACGGGCUGGGUGAGGAGAUUGAGGCUAAGGCGAAGAAGAUUCUUGAGGAUUAUGACAAGCAACUCCAGCAUCUCAAGAAGCAGGUUGAGGAGGCCAAGAAGGAUUUCGAGGAGUGGGAGAAGCAACACAACCCUGCGCCGGCACCGGCGCGCUAA